UCCACUGUCCGCAUGGCGCAUGCUCCAGUUAGCUUUGGGCUAAUUCAACAGAAGCGUCAGUGGUUACCCAGUACUCUGUUUUGAACUACUACAUUAACGCGAUGGCAACUGAAGCGAAACGACACAAGGUGGAUUACAGUUCAGAGAUUAAUCCGCUGCAGAACUUUCUACAGUGGUGCAACAUAGUCGGCGUGAGACUCAGCCAUAAGGUGUGUGUGAGUAAAGAGGGAACAGUGGCAGAGUAUGGGAUGCUGGCUAAAGACAACAUAGAGGAGGGGGAGGUUUUAUUCACCAUCCCAAGAUCAGCUCUUCUCCACCAGCAAACAACCAUGGUCUCUGCCGUGCUGGAGAAAGAGAGGUCAUCUCUGGAGAGCCCCUCUGGCUGGGUUCCCCUGCUGCUGGCUCUGCUGUAUGAAUAUACAUCUUCACAGUCCAACUGGAAACCCUACCUCUUUCUGUGGACCAACUUCAAGUCACUGGACCACCCGAUGUUCUGGUCUAAAGAGGAGAGAGACGGCCUACUGAGGGGAACGGGUAUUCCAGAGGCUGUAGAAACAGACCUGGUGAACAUCCAGAGGGAAUAUACACAUGUGGUUCUUCCCUUUAUCAAAAAGCACCCUGAUCUGUGGAACCCCAGCACACACACACUGGAGCUGUACACAGAGCUUGUGGCCUUUGUCAUGGCCUACAGUUUCCAAGAGCCACAGGAAGAGGAGGACGACGAUGAAGAUGAUGAUGACGACGAGGACGAGGAGAAAACCCCUAACCCACCGAUGAUGGUUCCAAUGGCUGACAUGCUUAACCAUGUGUCUAAUCACAAUGCUAAUCUGGAGUUUACACUGGACAGUUUGAAGAUGGUCUGCGUGCGCCCUAUUCAUAAAGGCGAGGAGGUGUUUAACACCUACGGGCAGAUGGCCAACUGGCAGCUGCUGCACAUGUAUGGCUUCACGGAGCCGCAUCAAAACAACACCAACGACACCGCUGACAUCCCCAUCACCAACUUCUACAAAGUCGCAACGCAAGGUAUUCAGUCCGAUCAGGACCGGCAGCUGGUGGAGGAGAAGUGGGAGAUGCUGCGUGAGAUGAUGCAAGAGAAAGCCGUCUUUGUGUUUGGGAAGCAGGGCUGCCUCACCGACGCAGAGCUGCAUUCUGCCCUCAAGGUGCUGUGCAUGUCAGAGGAGGAGUUCUCAGAGUUCAAAGAAAACGAAGGAUGGGAGGAAGAUGAGGAAGACGAGAUUUCCCUUGCGUUCUCUAACGAGGGUCUCCCUGGAUUAAAGGCUCCGUGGAAAUGGCUAAUUCAUGAAGCUGCCCGCCUGACUGCGAGUUCCUUCGGAGACUGGGAGGAGGGAGGGGCUGUAGCUGAAGGGCUGCGCAGCCGGCAGCAGCGUGCCCUUCAGGUGCGCUGCGGACAGAGGAGCAUCCUGCACAGACUGAUGGAGCUCACCAAGUCGUGACUCCAGCAGUGAGGCCGACCAAAGUCCUUUUUAUAUCAAGAAGCAACACAAAAUGUCUCCUAAAACACCCCAUCAAUAAAAGCUUUUUUUU